AAGUGUUGUUAUCAGGUAGUGACAUCGCCACUUACCUUCCUACAAUACUAGUCGUAGCUGAAGGUUGCACUUCAGUUGGACAACUGGACAACAGUUGGACAAGCGACUUAGAGGAGUAACAGCGGGCGAACUUCGAAAGAGCACGGUGCCUCGUGUCUUUGCACUCUGAAAACAAGAUGGACCACAAAGUGGCCGACCUUCCUAGCGGCCCACUAGAUGUCUACAGGGAAAAAGCCUCCUUCAACUGGAAGGACAUGGUCCUCUUUAUAGAUGGAGAGGAUAUAUAUCUAUUCAAGCAACAUGUUUUCAAGACCCUGGAGAAUGACCCUCUGUUUGCCCGUCAGCCUGGUGAAGAUGCCUCUAUAGAGAAAAAGAGAGAGCUGACCUUUCUAAGGAUGAAGCAGCUGCUUCGAUACAACUUUGUCACAAAUGAAGAGGCAAUGGCCAACCCCUGGAAAGCUAUAUACCUCGAUGACUGUCUGGGAAUGUACGACUGGGCCUUGGUUGCUAAGCUCUUCCUCAGCCUAGGGAUGUUUGGAGCAACUGUGGUCAGCUCAGGGUCAAGCAGGCACAACAAAUAUGUUGAAAACACUGACAACAUGACGAUCUUUGGUUGCUUCGCACUCACUGAGCUGAGCCACGGCAGCAACACCAGAGCCAUGAGGACCACAGCCAAGUAUGACCCCUCCACUCAGGAGUUUGUGAUCAACUCUCCAGACUUUGAGGCUGCAAAGUUCUGGGUGGGGAAUCUGGGUAAGACUGCUACUCAUGCUGUGGUGUUUGCUCAGCUCUACACACCUGACCAGGUGUGCCAUGGACUGCACUCUUUUGUUGUCCCGGUGAGAGAUCCCAAGACCCUGCUGGCUCUGCCUGGUGUGCUGGUUGGUGACAUGGGUAAGAAGCUGGGCCAGAAUGGACUUGAUAAUGGGUUUGCAAUGUUCCACAAUGUGAGGAUCCCACGUGAGAACCUGCUGAAUAAGACAGGAGAUGUUACUCCUGAUGGCAGCUAUGUGACACCAUUUAAGGACCCUAAAAAACGUUUUGGGGCGUCUCUGGGUGCCUUAUCAGGAGGCAGAGUGUAUAUCACCAGGAUGGCGCUUAUCAACCUGAAGCUGGCUCUGACUGUGGCGAUUCGCUUCUCAGCUGCCAGGAGACAGUUUGGACCCAAAGACACAGAGGAAAUUCCUGUUUUAGAGUACCAAUUACAGCAAUGGCGUUUGAUUCCGUACUUGGCAGCAGCAUACGCUCUUGAAAACUUCACCAAAUCCAUCUUCAAGAACUUUGUUGAGUUCCAGAUUGCACGGAUGCUCAAGGAAAACUAUGACCGAGAAGCAGAAAUGGGCAGGGAGAUCCAUGCAAUUGGCUGCUCCAGUAAACCACUGGGCUCAUGGACUGCUCAAAAGGGUAUCCAGGAGUGCAGGGAGGCCUGCGGUGGACAUGGAUACUUAGCCAUGAAUCGGCUGGGUGAUCUUCGUGAUGACAAUGACCCAAACUGCACAUAUGAAGGAGACAACAACGUGCUGCUGCAACAGACCAGCAACUACCUGCUCACCUGGCGCCACGCCAAGCAGUGUGAUGGUUUGCGGAUUGAGUCUCCCUUUCACACCGUGGAUUUUCUGGAUGACUCUCAGGGGAUCCUCAAAAGCAGGUUUACUGCCCUCACAGUGGACGACUGCAUGGACUCUGCAGUGCCUUUAGCAGCCUACAAGUGGCUGGUGUGUUUCCUACUGGAGGCGAGUCAGAAGAGGCUGGAACAAGAGAGAGCAUUGGGCAUGGAUGACUUUGCUGCGCGUAACAACUGCCAAGUCUACUACUGCAGAUCCCUGGCCAUGGCCUACAUUGAGCACAGCUGCCUGCAGAGAUUUCAUGAGCAGACUAUUGAUCGGAACACACCAGCUGGUCUCAGGCCAGUAUUAAGCAAGCUUUGUGCUUUGUAUGGGCUGUGGGGCCUCAGCAGUCACAUGGCCACACUGUACCAGGGUAAUUACUGGAGCGGACAUAAGCCUGCUGAGCUGGUCCAGAUGGCCAUCCUUACUCUCUGCUCCCAGCUGAAGAAUGAUGCAGUAGCAUUAGUGGAUGUUCUGGCACCCACUGAUUUCAUCCUCAACUCACCUAUUGGCUGUGCUGAUGGACAGAUUUACAACCACCUGUGGUCCACGAUGAUGCAGGGCAGUAAGGUGCUGGAACGUCCCUCCUGGUGGAAAGAGUUUUGCUCAAACAAACCUGAGCUUGGAUCCCUGCGUCCAAAACUCUGAAACCCAGCCACGCUCUUCAGUGCCUGAAGCUUAAGUGCUGGAAUUUUUUAAUUUUACAAUGUAAUAGUUUGGAAAAGGUACAUGAAAAUGUAAUUUCUAUAUGUACAAAACUCUUUGCCAAAACUAUGUGGUAUAGAAAUGCAUUACAGUGUUUAUAAACUGAGCCAGAAAGUUGUUUUUUUUUCACUUAAUCCUCUUUAAUACACUUAAGAUUCACUUUAAUCGCUUUUAGAAAAUUGGUUGCAGCCCUGAUUUCCUUGAGAUUCUUCAGCAUUGCUGCAUCACUCUGUCCAUGCUAACUAGCAUGUAUUUAGACUGUUUACAAUCUAUGGCAUCCUGUAUUUGUAAUUCCACAUGAGAAAUGUCUACUUAUUUAAUGUGCUAAU